CACCCGCGGCAGGAUACAGAAACAAGCCUCUUUACCACCGACAGGAAGUGAGGCAUGUUUUCGUGAUUUGGAUAUUCCAGCAUGUUGAUACUAACAGAGAAAGUAAUGUUUUAUUAGUUAAAAAAACAAACAAAAAAAAACAGCAAUUCUUGGUUGAGAUAUGUUCGAGAGGAGAUUAAUCGCAAGGCAACACGAAGUAGACUUCUUUGGGGCAGAUGAUAUCAACAGGUAAUUCCUGAGAGUAAAGACAAAUGGGACAAGACCUGUGUUUUGGUCCGUCUGGUUGCAAAAGUGGACACCGAGGCUUGGAGACAGCAGAACACAUGUAUCCAGUAUGCAGAUGCCUAAAUCUCCAGUCACUUCUUGUUGCUGGUCAUUGUGAUACACGGACACACGUCAUCAGCUGAAGGGCGGUUUUCUAGUGGGCUGUGAAACAUGCCCUUGCCAUUUGGAUUAAAAUUAAAGCGAACUCGAAGGUAUACUGUGUCGAGCAAGAGCUGCCUAGUCACACGAAUUCAGCUGCUGAACAAUGAAUUUGUGGAGUUUACACUUUCCGUGGAGAGCCCCGGACAGGAGUGUUUGGAAGCUGUGGCACAAAGACUGGAAUUGCGGGAGAUGACAUAUUUCAGUAUCUGGUAUUUGAAUAAACAGAAUCAACAAAGAUGGGUGGACUUGGAAAAACCUUUGAAAAAACAACUCGACAAGUAUGGUGUGGAGCCCACAGUUUACUUUGGGGUUGUGUUCUAUGUGCCAAGUGUGUCACAGUUUCAGCAGGAGAUCACACGGUACCAGUAUUACCUUCAGUUGAAAAAGGAUGUCUUAGAGGGACGCAUACCCUGCACAAUGGAACAAGCCUUGCAUUUAGCUGGUUUAGCUGUUCAAGCUGAUUUUGGGGACUUCGAUCAGUAUGAAUCCCAGGACUUUCUUCAGAAAUUUGUCUUGUUUCCAAUUGACUGGAUACAGGAUGAACGAAUGCUUGAAGAGACAACACAAAAAGUUGCCUUAUUGCACCAAAAAUACAAAGGUCUUCUGGCCCCAGAAGCGGAAAUGCUGUAUAUGCAAGAGGUAGAGAAAAUGGAUGGCUAUGGUCAGGAAAGUUACCAGGCAAAGGACAGCCAGGGCUCUGAUAUAUCUAUUGGUGCGUGUUUGGAUGGAAUCUUUGUGAGGCACAAAAAUGGCAGACCUCCUGUUAUAUUUGGAUGGAAUGACAUUGCCAAUAUGUCACAUAACAAGUCCUUCUUUGCACUGGAGCUGGUCAACAAGGAAGAAACCGCUCAGUUCCAGACCGAAGAUCUGGAAACUGCCAAAUACAUUUGGAGGAUGUGUGUCGCUCGGCACAAAUUCUACAGAAUUAACAAAAGCAGCCUAGAGCCAUCUGAAUCGGCACCUGCUGAGGGCUCCCAGAAGUCUUUACUUACUCUUUCCUUUCCCCGCUUUCCAUUGCUUUCUCGUCCUUCUCUGCCUAGCAAAGGACAGACUCAGACUGCUGCUGUUAAUCCAGUCAGAAGAAGAUCCUCUACAAGAAUGUCGCUGCCAAAACCUCAGCCAUACAUGAUGCCUCCACCUCAGCUGCAUUACAAUGGACACUAUACUGAACAGUACACAUCUUCUCAAGAUAACCUCUAUGUUAACAAUCAGAAUGGAUAUUAUUAUCACUCUCAGACAAGCUUGGAUAGGUCUCCUCAUGAGUACAAUGGCAGGAUCAGAAACGGGAGUGUCUACAGCGCGCAUAGCACAAACUCUCUCAAUAACCCACAGCACUACAUGCAGCCAUCUCCCAUGUCCUCCAACCCGAGCAUCACCGGCAGUGACGUGAUGAGGCCAGACUACAUCCCGUCACACCGCCACAGUGCUCUCAUCCCUCCUUCAUACCGGGCCACACCAGACUAUGAAACAGUCAUGAGGCAGAAAAACAGGGGGGUGGUGCAAGCGGAUCGACAAAGCCAUUCAAUGAGGAACCUCAACAUAGGCAAUUCGUAUGCCUAUAGCCGGCCUGAUCCUUUAGUGUACAGCCAGCCAGAGAUCAGGGAGCACACCCAGUUCAGCUCCCAUAAUACCAACCAUUACCCUUUCCAUCUGAAUUACAGCUUCCACAGUCCGUCGCCUUAUCCUUACCCCACAGAUAGGCGCCAGGUGGUCGGUGCAGUGAGUGUGCCAGAGUUGACCAACGUUCAGCUACAGGCUCAAGACUACCCUGCUCCGAACAUCAUGAGAACACAGGUAUACCGCCCGCCUCCACCGUACCCACGCCCAGCAAACAGCACCCCUGACCUCUCGAGGCACCUUUAUGUGAGCAGCAGUAACCCAGACCUCAUCACACGCCGGAUCCACCAUUCAGUUCAGACGUUCCAGGAGGACAGCCUGCCAGUGGCACAUUCCCUACAAGAGGUGAGCGAGCCCCUGUUCACCACCAGGCACCCCCACAUGCAGAAGCGAAACAGCAUUGAGAUAGCUGCACUGGCGCUGGGCUUUGAGAACAUGAGGGUCAAAGAGAGAACCAUGUCGGCAUCUGCUGCCGAGGCUCCUCCCAGGGUGACGGCUUCAGGCUCCCAGCUUAAAGUGUUCCUGGAGAGAACGAAGGCAGAGGAAAGCCCCAGCAGAGAAGACGUGAGUUACGGCCAUAAGAAAUCUCUCUCUGAUGCAACCAUGCUGGUCCAUAGUAGCGAGGAGGAAGAGGAAACUGAAGAAGAAAACAGCAGACACAACCCGCAGUACCAAGAUGCUGCUGGCGGUACUGAGCCGCAUGUUGGCAUCCUGGGCCAGGAUCCAAACGAUCCCCUCCCGAGCUAUCCAUAUGAUUCUGUGCCUUCUCACCCCAGCCACCAUGGCUAUACGCCACAAACACUUAUCAGAGAGCCUGAAAACGAGAAGCUGUGUGGAGAAGGGGACCCCAUGUACCUGGCUGUUGAUGGAAGAAUACAGAGAAGAGGGGAAGGCAUUCUAGUACCUUCAGUGUCUGAGUCGGACCUCAGUGUUUCUGCAAGACUGAGGGCGAGGCAAGACUCUUUUAAAAAAAGGCCGGUGUCUGAUGUGCCGUCUGGAAAAAGAAACCCCCUCGAGGGUCUGCCUCCCCUGGGCGGUUUGAAAAAGGGAAGCAGAUCUGAUAUCAAGAAAAUUGGGCCAUUGAAGCUGGCUGCAUUGAAUGGAUUAACUCUUUCAAGGAUGCCCUUACACGAUGAAAGCAAGCAUGAGCCUGAAAAGGCACCAAAUGAUGAAAGGUGCAAGAUUCUUGAGGAGCGACUGGAACAGGGAAUGGUGUUUACUGAAUACGAACAGGUUCCUAAGAAGCGAGCAAAUGCAGAAUGUAGCAUUGCUCUGCAGCCAGAAAGUGCAGAGAGGAAUCGGUUCCAGGAUGUCCUUCCCUAUGAUGAUACCAGGGUGGAGCUUGUACCAACCAAAGAGAACAACACAGGCUAUAUCAAUGCAUCCCAUAUAAAAAUGAAUGUGGGUGGACAUGAGUGGAGUUACUUAGCCACACAGGGGCCCCUCCAGAACACUUGUCAGGACUUCUGGCAGAUGGUGUGGGAACAAGGAGUAGCUAUCAUAGCAAUGGUGACAGCAGAAGAGGAAAGUGGCCGGGAGAAGUGUUUCAGGUACUGGCCACGGCUUGGAUCAAGACACAACACGGUUACCUACGGAAGGUUUAAAAUCACCACUCGAUUCCGAACAGACUCUGGCUGCUACGCGACUACAGGGCUGAAGAUCAAACACCUGCUGACUGGACAGGAGAGGACAGUCUGGCAUCUUCAGUACACAGACUGGCCCGAUCACGGCUGUCCAGAGGAUUUCAAGGGGUUUUUAGCAUACUUGGAAGAAAUACAGUCAGUUCGACGGCAUACAAACAGCACAACGGACCCUAAAAACACUAACCUACCUGUUGUGGUACACUGCAGUGCUGGUGUGGGGCGAACAGGAGUUGUUGUUUUAUCUGAAAUCAUGAUUGCCUGUCUGGAACACAAUGAGAUGCUGGACAUCACCACUGUUCUGGACAUGUUGAGACAGCAGCGAAUGAUGAUGGUGCAGACCAUUGCACAGUAUACCUUUGUUUACAAAGUGCUUAUUCAGUUCCUGAAGAAUUCCAGACUUAUCUAAACACGUGUUUGCUGAGCCUGAGGUCCUACAGAUAUUUAGUUUUACAAUUGGCAUUUUGCAUAAUUUGUCAUCUCUCUGGUCUACAAAACGGGCAAAAUGGAGGGAAUACCAGCAGCAAGGACCGUGUGCUUACACACCUGUGAUUAGAAGAUUGACACUUUUUGCUGCUCAAAGUGAGAGUGCUCCUAUCGUUAGGAAUUGUUACUGAGGAAAAUCAUGAAACUUAUUUUUAAACCCUUUUUUUGUGACGAAUGAAGGACAAAUUCUACAAAAGUACAAUUCAAAUCGAUAAACCAUUUAAUGGUCUAACUUUUGACAGUAUUAUUUUUAAAUCUGUGUUUGGGUUUAACUCUCAAAAUUGAUUAGCUUAAAUCAAUAUGGCUUUCCAUAUUUGCAAACCAGAAUUAUACUGAAAUGCUUUUACAGUACAAUAUACAAAUAUUAGUUGCAUCCAUUAUCAUUUUUUUUAAACAGUUUUUAGCUUCUAUUCUAAGUGUCUUAUAUUUAUGAUUUAUUGUGAGUGAUUGCAGGUUUCAGGAAAGUGUGAAGGAUUAUGUUGAAAUUGGUUUGAGCAGUAAGUCUUUGGAUUGGCAGUGAGAUUGGAGCAAUUAAACUGCGUAAAACACAGCAGUAGACUCUUGGGUGCUCAAUAUUUUUUUAUAUAUAAAUAUACUCAGUAUUAUGAAAUAAUGCUAGUUACCUCUUGUCCUAAUCUGUAGGACAGUAGCUCCUCAAUGUAAUAUCUCCUAUGCAAGCUAACACCAAGGCCCCACCUGUGCUCUGAUCUCAGUGUUUUCAUUUCGAUUGGAACCUGUACUUUUUUUAAACACGUCAGCAUUUUGGACACUUUGCUUGGUGAUCAGAUUGGCAGACGACCCACUAAAAUCGGUUCAUCCUUUUUAAUAAGCUUUGUGUUUGUAAACCCAAUAAGAUUUAUCAUUCGCAACUAAUGUUAUGAAUGAGGAGUCUUAUCCUGGAAUUUGUUUAGCAAACUACAUUUGUUCCCAUUGUAUUUCCUGCAGAGAAAUGUAUAAUCAAUCAGCACUAACCAAUAAAGAGUGUUUCGCUGGGGUGGGGGUGGGUGUUGGGUUAGAACAUCUCAUAAUGAUAUGCACUUUAUUUUAUUUUUUGCACUUCUUACCUAUUAGAGGAAGAUGUUGCCACUUUUUCUAUGGCAUAUUCCAAAAGGGGGUCAGAAAACUAAAGCCUCAGUACUACAUGCAGUACUACUUCUGUUAGAUUUAAUUUUUUUUUUUUAACCAGAAUUGAAUUUGUAAACCUGUAAUGACUUGCUAUGAUUGGUUGACCAAGACAGGUUCUAAGAUGAAGAAACCUUAUAAGGUUUAGUGGUAAAUGAAUGUGAAAUGUAGAAAUUAGAUGAAAGAAUGUUUGAUCGAAGGUUUUAAAUGUUAAGUUGACUCUACAAUGAAAGAGUAAUUGGUAUUUUUAAAUGUAUAAAUUGAGCACCCGUUUAAGAAAAGAGCCCUGUAAAUAUAGUCUGUAUGUGAUUGUGUUCAUUUCCUGAAUACUUUUAAACGGCAUAGUAAUUUGUUUUUUUAUUGGGUAAUACCAUUUUAUGUAUGCAGCUGUUUACACUACAAUUUUAUGUCUCGGGUGAUAUUUAUGAAUAAAAUGUACUAAGGAAGCACUACAGUGUAGUGGAUUUCAAGAAAGUUUUCCAAAAAUUAUUUUCAGCACUGCAGUUUUGUUUUUUGGUUUUUUUUUCAUUUGAUUUUAUUAAACAAGUGCCUCACUGUAUUCAGAAAUAAAUUGCAGUCAAAAUUCUACCUGUUCCAUUUAAUUUAGUAAUUCUUCCAUUCUGCAUGAAAAUUAAACAGCUUGAAGGAUUGAUGAUCAUGUGUAAUGAAGGAUAGUCUGGUUUCGAAUGCUCUUUUUCUGAAUAGCCUGGAUUUUAUUAUAAAUCAUUGAUUCUUAAAUUUAACCAAGCUUAGAUUGUAUAUAUCACAAAAAAAAAAGUCUUGCAUGAUUUUUCUGUUUUUGUGAAAAGGAACCGUAUAUAGUCCAAGUACAGCAAGAAGCAUUUGCAGAUAACUCAUGCUUCUUGUUUUGAUGCCUGCAAAAGACCCUUGUUCAUGUGUGGCCACUUCCUCCUAUAUUGCAAGGAUUACCAUGGUAUAAUAGACUGUGGUGGUGUAAUGAGCAAAUUUAAUAUGUGCUCACGUAUUCUAGAGUACCAGGUUUGAAAGAGAGAUGUGAGUGAUGUCAUAGUGAAAGGUGGAGCAGACCACACCGUUUGGGGGACCAGAUAAAAGAUGUGGCCUAGCAGGCUGGUAACAGGGAAGCACGAAUGAUCCUUCAUAUAGUGGGAUUUCGGCUUUGGGGGUGUGAUUUGUUUUUUUCAUUAAAUACUGCUUUUAAUGUCAAGUGUGCAUAGACUUGCCAUGUCAUAAAAAUAGUUGGGGAAACGUAUGCUUUCACAUACGUUCUGCAUGCAAAAGAGCCCUGAGUGACAUAUAGUGAAUCUAAAAGCAAGAAAAGAUGUUUAAAGUUUGGGUGAGAAGUUCCAGACACACGAUGAUGAGAUUCCACGUCUUAUCUAUGGGGUGGUUUGUUUUUCUUGUGUUUGUUUUUUUGGCAGUACAGUGAUGGUGCUAGAAACAGGGUUUCUUUUUUAUACACGGUUCCUUUUUUAAAAUAUUAUAUUGUUUGACAAGCCAACAGUUGUUUGCCUCAGAUUCCCAUCAUUUUACAGCGUUCUCUAUAUUUUAUUGUGACGCUGUACAAUAUGUAAAAUCUCUACAGCUUUUAAUACUCGUUUGUAAAAGUGUGCAAAUUGCAUCAACAUAAGCAAAACAUGUAAUUCUUGUGUAAAGUAAGAGACCUUUUUAUGUAAAGGAAUAUAUCUGGUUUAUUUUCUGCAAUAAAUAAAUACAUAUUUGCUAUGAUAGUCA